GACGACAAAAGCGGCAUUCUCUAAAUUAACAUUUUCCCUUAAAAAUCAUUAAAAAUAGCCAAAAAUGUCGAACGCAACCUUAAAAGCUGACAUCGAACUGAAACUAGAUGAGUGCAUAACUGCUGCUUUGGACUCUUUACUCAAAAAUUACCCUCCCACAGAUGAAUUUAAGGCAAUUUUUCAGGAAAAAAUGUUUGUAAAAUCCAACACAAAGGCCUUCAUUCACGUUUCUCACUAUUUAUUUACCGUACUUGAUGAAAAAGAGUUCAAAAAAAGGUUUUAUUGGCCCAUUAAAUGCAAAGCCGAUGAAAAUCACUUUCGGUCAGCUACCGUUGAAUAUAUCAACCACCUCAUCACAAUCGGAAAACUAAAGAUGGAUAAGAUAAAAGCGAUGCACGUCGUCAUCCCAGGCGGUAUUAAAUUCAUGAAAUUCCUGUUAAAAGUGAUUGUUUUGGUCGUAAACGAAGUAAUUGCCCGCAAAAAACCGAUGGCUGAGCCAAAAAAGUCCGUUGGCGAGUACAUGUGCAAGGAACUUUUGGAGAAAAAUGAUUUUGUGACGUCACUCGGCGUGGAAUUGAAGAAAAUUGUGGCAGAAGACAUCAGUGCCAUACAAAAAAAGACGGAAAUGAUCGACAUGGCUAUCGGAAAAGUGUUUGCCAAUGUCCCGAACAUCAAUUCAAGUGAUGAGAGAAUGGAAUUUUUCGAAAAUUGGGCUUUAAUGAACUCACAAGACUUCAAAAAAAUCCAACAGGAGCAAGGAGACAUGCGAAAAACGAUCGCCACGUUCGCUAAAAUCUGUAAAUAUGGCAAAAGUCUCUUGCAACCACAAGAAUUCGGUCAAUCCAGGUAUAAUUCGGAAAAUGUUAAAGAAGCAAUCAAAAUUGUCAAAGACAAAAUCGGUUAUGUUGAUGCGGAAGAGGAUGAAAUCAAUACUUUUGGUUAUACAAACAUGCCAGAAGUGAUAAAAUUGAUAAAAAAUUCGAUCGAGCAUGUCAUUACGAUGAUGGUUCAGUAUCCUUUGAGAGAUUUUAGCGACAUGAAGUCAGAUGCGCUCGUCAUUAACGAACUUUUUGGCAAAACCAUGAGUGUUUCCAGCGAAUUGAAGGCUUUUUUGAAGAAAUUAUCCGACGAUGAGGCCCAAUUUUUGCAAAAAACCGAAAUUUCGAUGCAACAAACGAUCCGCGACCCGCAAUUAGCUCACGGAUUCUUCGGAACUCCCCCGAUCGCCAUCAACACGAAAGAAUCCGAGGACCUCAGUAUGCUCCAUAUGCCUUUCGGGCGUCUCGGAAUAGGUCGUGACGUCACUCGCAUGAAUAUCUCGCAACAACGAACCACUCUUCAAAUGUCCCAACGAGAACUUUUCUUCUCGCCAAAGCUGGAAAGGUCAAUUUUGGCACCUCCGCCUGCUGCUAUGAUGAAACAACCAACCGGCAGACCCAAAAAACGUCAAUUCCAGAUAAACUCGGCGUCGUUAUUUGCCUCGAAACCGCCAUCGCAUAACAUUUCCCGCUUGGAAUCUUACUCGAUGGUGAUGCCAGCGUCAGCAAAUGUCCUGUCAUCGACCGUUUUGGAUCAAACGAUGAAAAAUCCGACACCUCCGAGUGCGGGCACAAAGUCAAACAGUCGUCGGAGCGUCACUGCAAGACGAUCAAUUGUGGCAGAAACGCCUCUUUCGCCUUUGCAUGAGACACAAAUCCCGAAAAAUACUGCAACGGUGAAUAAUUCGACGAAUUUACUCACGCCACAACCGAAAAGAAUGUCAAUUAAUACGUUGCUGAGUCCAAAAAUCCAAUUAAAUGAUCAAACGUUGGGCUCUCCAACCGUGCGAAAGUCGAUAAAUUUACAAAUUUCGAAAUCCGCAUCGCCAUCCAGCAGAAUAAAUCCGACAGCGGGACGUCCGAUGCUCAGUUCGAACUCGAGUUUGCUGGAAAUUACGAAAAGAUCCUUGAUAACGGACGAUGAUCCGACCGAAGACUCGCCAACGACCGCUGAAGCCCUCAGCAAAUUCAAUAAAAUGAAUUUAAUGGAAGAGAAGGAGAAUUUGUUUGAUACGAGUGAUGCGAUGCUCGUUGAUGAUUCUUUCUAAAAAGAUACAAGAAAAAAUUAUUUAAUCAUUUUUUGUAUUAAUUUCGUUAAAUUAUCCCCAAAAACAAAAAAAAAAUAAUAAUUGUGAUUUACUAACCAACCUUACUGCCUAAUCCUUGUUUUUUUUUAAUUAAUUUUGUAGAAUAAA